AACGUAAUGGUCCAUUAUAAUCGUUUAUAGAUAAAACGUCACUAAGAUAUUAAUGUUUUCGCCAAGGAACUCCAGUCAGGACGUCAGUCAUUCGCAAACAUAUAGAUCAUCAACACGCUUCGCGAGAUCCGGCAAUAAUAUAAAUAUUUUUAUUAACUUUAUCAGCUAUUUAUAUUUUUUUAAUUCAGUUCAUCAGCUAUUCAUAUUUUAUAAAUAAAAAUAUUAAAUAAGAUGUCACAUAGAGUUGCGGCUUUUCGUACGAAGAGCCAUUUAGUGAGGCAGCUAUCGGUUUCGACUUCUAAGCCUCGUCGAGUGAUAGCAAUAAGAAGAGAAGAUCAGUCAGUAUGGGAGAGACGCGCGCCCUUUUCUCCGGCGAAUGUCAAUCGAUUGGUGCGGCAGGGCGUCAAAGUUAUUGUGCAGCCUUCGAACAGGCGUGCAUACCCCAUGCAGUCGUACUUGAACGCAGGGGCGAUAAUCCAAGAGGACAUCAGUGAGGCGAGCGUGAUAUUUGGUGUAAAACAAACACCGAUCGACCUCCUGAUACCAAACAAGACUUAUUGCUUCUUUUCGCAUACAAUCAAAGCACAGGAAGCUAACAUGCCAAUGUUGGAUGCUAUCUUAGCAAAGAAUAUCCGUCUAAUAGAUUACGAAAAGUUGAUGGAUGACGCGGGUAACAGAGUUGUGGCGUUCGGGAAGUACGCGGGAGUGGCUGGCAUGAUAAACAUCCUGCACGGACUGGGCCUGCGAUUGCUGGCUUUGGGACACCACACGCCUUUCAUGCACGUAGGUCCAGCGCAUAACUACAGGAAUUCAAGCAUGGCGCGACAAGCGAUACGAGACGCGGGCUACGAGGUGGCUCUUGGAAUGAUGCCCAAGUCCCUUGGACCUCUCACCUUUGUCUUCACUGGUUCAGGAAAUGUAUCUCAAGGAAGUCAAGAAAUUUUCCAAGAACUACCGCAUGAAUACGUACCACCCGAGAUGUUAAGAAAAGUGGCAGAACAUGGCAGCCCAAAUAAAAUCUACGGUUGCGAAGUACGUCGGAGGCAUCACCUUGUCAGAAAGAAUGGAGGCGGCUACGAUCAUCAGGAAUACGAAGAACAUCCAGAGAGAUACAUUUCCACGUUUGCGCAAACAAUAGCGCCAUACACGUCAGUUCUGGUUAACUGUAUCUACUGGGCGGUGGACAGCCCUAAGCUGCUGACCAUACCCGACGCCAAGCAUCUGUUCCUGCCCUCGCACACGCCCUGGCUGCCCAAGAGUGUGGGUGCGCCCGCAUUGCCUCACAGAAUGCUGGCUAUUUGCGACAUAUCAGCGGACCCCGGCGGCUCGAUUGAGUUCAUGAACGAGUGCACCACUAUCGAUACGCCGUUCUGUCUUUACGACGCCGACAGAAACAAGGAUACGAAAAGUUUCAAAGGUCCCGGAGUGCUGGUGUGUUCUAUCGACAAUAUGCCGACGCAGUUGCCGCGCGAGUCCACGGACUUCUUCGGCGAUCUUCUGUACCCCUACGCCGAUGACAUCAUGAGCUCCGACGCCACAAAGCCUCUGGACGCACACAACUUCUCUCCUGUCGUUCAAGGCGCUAUAAUUACAAGUAAUGGAAAAUUAACGCCGUCCUUUGAGUACAUCAACGAUUUGCGAAUGACAAAUACGCGAUCACGACACAAGGUGGAAGGCAACGACCAGCAGACGCCGGUGCUCAUCCUGGGCAGCGGCCUCGUCUCCGCGCCCGUCGUCGAGUACUUGGCGAGGGACAAGAAUGUCGCCGUCACUGUUGCAUCUCAAAUGCGUGAAGAAGCAGAUGCGUUAGCGGAACGUUAUGGAGUCCGUGCGGAGUACAUCCAGGCCAACGACGAGAGUGCGCUGCGAGCGCUGGCGUCGGGCGCGCGGCUCGUGGUCUCUCUGCUGCCAUACGACCUGCACGGACCCGUGGCGAGAGCCUGCGUCAGCGCCGGCGUGCACAUGGUCACCGCCUCCUACGUCAGACCUGAAGUACAGGAACUGCAUGAUGCAGCAAAAGAAGCUGGAGUGACAUUGCUAAAUGAAGUAGGUCUGGACCCUGGUAUUGAUCAUCUUCUGGCGCUGGAAUGCAUCCACGAUAUACAGAACCACGGCGGUCGUAUUGAUUCCUUCGUCUCCUACUGUGGAGGUCUACCAGCUCCAGAGUUCAGCGACAACGCACUACGCUACAAGUUCUCAUGGAAUCCUCGCGGCGUCUUACUGAACACUAUCUCCAGCGCUAAAUACUUGAGCAAGGGUCAGAUAGUGGAAGUCCUAAGCGGCGGCGAGCUGAUGUCGGUAGCUCGAGAGCUAGACUUCCUGCCAGGCUUCGCGUUCGAAGGUUUCCCCAACAGGGACAGCACCAAGUACGCCGAGCUAUACGGAAUUGAAGACGUGCACACCAUGUUCCGAGGCACCAUCCGGUAUAAAGGCUUUGCGGAAACAAUGAAAGCAAUGCAGUUGUUUGGACUAAUAGAUCCCAACCCACAUCCAUCAUUGCAUCCUGAAGGACCAUCAAUUACUUGGCGACAAUUUGCCUGCGAACUGCUCGGUCUUCUGGAUACGUCGAUCUUCUACGAGAAUCUCAAGACGCGCCUGUCGGAGCGUAUCGGCGUGUCGGGGGCGCAGGCGCUGGAGUCUCUGGGCCUGCUGGGCGACGACACGGUGGUGAAGUGCGGCACACCGCUAGAUACUAUCAGUCAUUAUCUCACUAAGCGACUACAAUUGGAAAAAGAUGAGACAGACUUUGUGGUGCUGCGACACGAGUUAGGCGUGACGUGGAGCGACGGGCGGCGCGAGCGGCGCGAGGUGACGAUGACGGUGCGCGGCGAGCCCGCGCGACACACCGCCAUGGCGCGCACCGUUGGCCUGCCCACCGCCAUCGCCGCCAAGAUGCUGCUAGAUGGUGAAAUUCAAGAUCGAGGUGUUGUGCUACCGUUCUCGCCGACUGUUUAUAAAUCAUUAUUGUCAAGGUUGAGGGCUGACGGCAUCACUGCUAAGGAGGUCAUACGACCACUUAAUUAAUCACAAUAUCAGAUAUCCAAAUUGAUUAAAAGA